GAUCAUGACCGGCGUUGACUCUCGCCAUACGGACAAACACCCGAUGCACCCGGGGGUAUGAAAUAGCUGCGACGACACAUUUCAGUCAAAAACUCAAUUGCAUAUUUCGCUUUUGGUUUUAUUUGCAGUUUAUCUGUUAACCAUAGAGAUUUUCGCGACUCCGAGCCAUCUUUACCCGACCCCACUUUCUCGACAAUCAUUUACUCAUUUGCAGACAAUCACAAGAAUCUGCAACCAGCCAGGGUCUGAAUAAUAAAAAUGCCACACCCAAAUCUCAAGGGCAACCGUGCCCUCUCCAUCCUCGACAAAGCUAUCGCCGAAAACUACGGUGUACCCGGCAUGUGCUGUUACAACAUCGAAGGAAUCCUAGCUACAGUACGCGCUGCUGAAGCUAAAAAGUCGCCUGCCAUGAUCCUCCUAUUCCCUUGGGCAAUACACUACGCCGAUGGUCUAUUAGUACAUGCGGCAGCCGAAGCCGCCAAAAAAGCUAAAGUCCCUGUUACAGUACACAUGGAUCACGCGCAAACACCCGAAAUUAUCCGGUACGCAGCUGAUUUGGGCGGAUUCGAUAGUAUCAUGGUAGACAUGAGCCACUACGAGAAGGAAGAAAACUUGGCAAAGACGCGUGAACUAGUGACAUAUUGUCACGAGCGUGGUAUCGCGACAGAGGCUGAACCGGGUCGUAUUGAGGGUGGUGAGGAUGGUGUAGCCGACACGGCCGAUUUAUCUGGACUGUUGACGACGCCUGAGGAAAGCCAGGAAUUUGUGGAUACGGGGAUUGACUGGCUGGCCCCCGCGUUUGGGAAUGUGCAUGGGUCAUAUGGCCCUCGAGGUAUUCAGCUGGAGUAUGACCGACUCGAGUCAAUCAAUCGUGCUGUGGGCGACAAAGUGCGCAUUGUUCUACACGGUGCUGACCCCUUCACGACGGAGAUUUUCCAAAAGUGUAUAUCGCACGGGGUGUCGAAGGUCAAUAUCAACAAGGUCAUGAAUAAUGAGUAUCUGCGGGUGCAGAGCGAAAAGGCGGACAAAGUGCCGUUGACGACGCUGCAUGAGGAGGCCACUAAUGCGAUGCAAGCGGCAGUCGAGCGGUGUAUGGAUAUGCUGGGAUCGACAGGAAAGGCUUGAUGGUUGUUUUGUUGAAGGAGAAAGCUGGUUAGAGUUGAUCGAUAAAUGCAGGUACAUCUGGAUGAAUGUAUCAAAUGCUAGAAAUUAAGAUAAUAGAAAGUUUAUUGAAACAGAA